UCGACAAACUUUGGUAGCGAGAGAGAAUUAACACAUUUCAAGUUAGUUGAUUAAGUGGGAUUAGAAAUGGCAAACCGUACCGGCAUUAUUUUCUCUACGAUCUUUUUUCUUGGUCUAAUCAGUAUGAUGUCUUACUCGAUUGUCGACGCGAGGCGAUUGGGUGGUAUAGAUAUGCUCUCGAAAAACAAUCAAAAUGGAAUAAAUGUGCUUGCCAACAAUAAUAAAGAUGGUGUAAAUAUACUCGCCAACGGAAACAAAGAUGGUAUAAAUAUACUCGCAGAUGAAAACCAACGUGGAGUAAAUGUGCUUUCAAAUAAGAACAAAGAUGGUGUGAAUGUACUCGCCAAUGGGAACGAUGGAGGUGUGAAUGUGCUUUCAAACAAGAACAAAGAUG